GAACAGGAUGCGAGCACCUCCUCGUUGAAGAGGAGGUGCAUCCUUGAAGAUGAUUCCAUUUCCAAAUAAAAUCGCAGCCUUUUUUUUUUUCUUUAAGGGUUUAGGGUUUAGGUUCUGACGAUUUGUACAAGCGAGGACACGACUUUCGAAGUCCCCAUCAGCGACACGUGCACCGGCCUGAUGAUAGAAGAGCGACGAUUCUAGUUGCCCUGGGUUAAGCACAUAUUUUUUAAUGAAAUAUGUGUUGCUCGUUCUGUUUUUAUAUGAUGAUGACUUUUACACAGACGUGAAACAGAUUGCUUUCUGGGCCAUUGCGUCAGCGGAUCGUGGGCGAACGGUAGUAGUUUUCAAAGAAAAACGACUCUGCUGCUGGUCAAUCAUGAGAAGUUAGAAACAAUGUGCUUCAGUUUUUAUUUCUGUUUGUAUUGGGACGAGGAGGUGGUCGGUGCCAUGUGUUUCAAGUCUGUCAUGCAUGUAAAAAUCAACCCAGGGUAAAAAGAUAGAAGUAUCAAAUGAAAAGCAGUAACUACACACAGUUGCUGCUUUCUUGCAUAAGAAUAGGCCGGACAAGGUGCAGCAGCUAGUGGACGGGAAAAAAGGUGGUGAAUUGAGUAUGCUCUGCACUAGCCGGGAAGACCGCUGCGACGCUUUGCAUGAGGGGCUAUUGGUCAUGAGUUGCUUGAUUGCAACAGCCUCGCGUCAAGGCAAAUGGCUUCAGUUUUAUAUGUGCGGCUGGGGCAUCAACCCCGGGAGGAUCAUUUUAUAUAGUAAAGAAAUCGGUCUAAGGAAAGGGAGCUUGUUGUUGGGGGUGUGAACGUCAAGUGCUUGGCAGGUAGAUUCAGAACAAGACAGACCCUGCGUUCCCUUCAUCCAGUGAGGCCAGACCAGGAAGGGGAGCGCGCGGGGCCCGGCCGGGGCGCGGGGGGUGCUGCGCCUCUGGUCUGAAUCUGCUUGGCACACGAGGACACCUCGCACCUGUAUCCGCGUACCAGCCUUACUUUUAUCCCCUUCGCUGGCGCAACCAACAAUGAGAUCCUGAGCAGAACCAUUUUGCGAAUGAGUAAGAUUUUUUUCUAGUAGUCAGGAAAGUGGACCAUUGUCCAUGUUUGAUCCAAUCCUCCCUUGGCAAAAAAAAAAAAAAAAUUGCAUCUAAUAUGGCGAUCACUUUAGAUCGCAUGUGUGUUCUCCGUCGUACUCGUGUGAGCAUCUUCGUAGGCAAAUCUUAGUGACAUCAAGCUGUUUCCGCAGUAGGACUGAGUUGUCGCUUCUCGUCGAACUACUAAAAGGGGAGUUCGUGUGGAAAAUGUUAAACCGGUUCUAUGUGAUCGUCGUGGUGGUCUCCGAUCUUUGUGACGAGAAUCGUCGAAUGCAAAGGGUAUGUAACGAGGUAAUUGGCAGUGGCACUUUCCUCCUCGUCAAUUAUUUUCGUCGUCGAACGUCGCAAGGGCAAGUGGUCCCGGUCGUCAUAAUUAUAUUUUAGUGAACAAGCCGGCGCACCACACCUACUAAACUACACUAGUACUCAAUCGUUGCAUUCUUCAAUUCAAUCGUUUGCUCUUCUUCAAAAAAAAUUCGCAUCGUUGACAGCUUUUUUUUUCUUGUUCGGGGAUCGCUUUGUUCGAAAGAAAGAAGCUGCAAGCUUUUUGUGAGCAGGUCACAGCACUCUAGUUCACGAUCGAAGGAACAGCCACAUAAAAUUUCGCUAUAAUUUUUGGUCUUUCCGCUCUGCUCUCCUUAAAGCAAAAAACCAUGACCGAAUUUCUGGCGGACCUGGGCAUCCCCGGGAUGCGCAUCCCGGCCUUGGUGGUGAAAUCGGGGAAGCGCAAUGCGGGCGAGGAGCUCGUCGCGGAUCUCCUCGGGUACGGGUUCCGUGUGGUUGACCAGGCCGAGAUUUCGCAAAACAACUACGAAAACGUCGCGACAGACAGGAGAAGGUACUAUUCCUCCGCCCAGCACCCCGGAUUUACCUUCGACAAAGUGCGCCCGACGGUAAAGUGUAAGGACAUCAUGCUCGGAAAACCGGCCAUGUCCGCAAACAUGGAGCCCGCGCCCGGCAGUCCUCCGGGAGCAGCAGCUAAUGGCGCCGCAGUGGAAAGCUACACUGCGGACGGAGGUCUACUUAAUACAGCGGGCACCAGCUCCGUGGACGGUGCAGCAGUGGGCGGCUUUAGUCCCGACGGCAAGCCGCUGGAGCCGUCCUCAAUGUCGGGAUCCUCCGGGUCGGAGGAAGUGACGAAAAAGAAAAAGCGGGCGUUCAUUCCCGUGGAGGAACGCCCGGACGUGGAGCUGAUGCGCCGCGUGCGGGGCAAAACCUACUUGCAUCCCUAUGGGUUCGAAAUUGACGGCUUGACCUCCAUAUCAACUGUAAAAAUGUCUGGGUCUGGAAGAAUCCAACUUGUCAUGCUAAAUCUGAAUCAUGUAAAAAUCUGUGUUGCAUGAUUACCAAAAGUCGUCCAGUUUUGACCUAAUCGAGAGGCAGUUUCUCAUGCAGGAUGGGCAUGAUAGAACUCUCACAGAAUCUGUCAUGCUAUGUCCUACAUACCAGACCUCAUGGGUCAUAGAAAACCUGCAUGACAAGUCUGCAUUCUUCCAGACCCAGACACUUUUACAUUUGAUACUCCAUGGCGUCCGUGCAUCUGCACAGCAAGAAACCGGAAUUGGAUGAUGUCGGGAACGAAAAGCCGGAUCUACUCCCGGAAAACUAAGUAACUCCAUCCCCAUCCUUUUUUUGCAUGACAAACACAGAGACAGAAUUUGCUACAUGUAUGUUUUGCAUGACAUAAAAUUGGCUGCGGAUGGUUCUUAGUUUUCAGGGAAUAGGAUCACCUCCAGUCGAAUUUGGUCGGGGUGGACUCGCAGAUUGACUAUGGCCUUCUCAACUGUUACAUUCUGAGUCGUCUCAUCUCCUGCUGCGUGGAUUUGUGAUGCAAGCACAUCAGCAAAAGUCAAAGGGGGUAGCUUGCAGCUGUCGCGUCACAAAUUUGGCAUAGAUGACCGGCCUGCUUAGCACUUCGAGCAUUUGUCAUGCGAAGUACGUUAAAAAUCGUGUGGCAGCUGAUACAUAGCAAUUUUGCAUGACAAACCAUGUAAAAGUUGUAAACAGUUAAGAGAGUAACAGUUGGGAGCGCCAUAUUGACUUUUCCAAAGUUUUGCGUCACGAGGAUGUGGUGCUCAUGAAACGGAACACGAACGAUCCGAUGACGGCGGCAGAGUCGCGAUUUCCGUUAUGGAUUGCAAAUAUGUCUGGGUCUGGACGAAACAUGGAACUUGUAAUGCUAGUCCUACACUCCUGUAAAAUUUGUAUUGCAUGCCUAACAAAAAAGACGCCCUCUUUGGUCAUACAAAAGUGCAGUUUCUCAUGCGGACUGAGCAUGAGAGAGCGUUCGGCAAACUUGUCAUGCUUGGCUGCAUUGGGUACUAAUAUUUCAGUCAUCCAAAGUUCAGCAUCACAAGUUUCCAGACCCAGACAUUUUUGCACUUCAUUUCCGUUGUCCAGUUACAACAGCGAGGAUCGGUUUUUUGAUAUGAAAAGGAAAAAUCCCCCCUCCCCAUAUCAAAACGGAAAUCUGUGAUGCAGAUUUGUUGUCACAAAUCAGCUUUGUCAUGCUACACGGGAAAAGAUGCGGACUGUAGUGCUGGGUGCCGUGGUCAAGCCUUGCAUCUUCAGCAUGAUAGGAGGCAGCUGAGAGCGGGAAACAGCAUGACAAAUUGCCUGCAAGCGAGGCCACGAGUGCGGCUCUUGGCCUUCUAGCAUGACAAGUCGAUUUGUGACCUCAAAUACAGCAUCACAAAUUUCGUUUUCGAUAUGGGGAGGGGGGAUCUUUCCUUUCGAUAUUUGAGGAGGCGAAGGAUUACCGGGUGGAGCGGAUAUGACAGUGCACAACUUCCCCGCCCCCUCCUUUGUAUAAUUGCAUGAACAGCAACACAAACGCCAAAGACCCUGGAGCGUGUGCAUGACAAAUUUAUGUGCCUCCUGUAGUAUUGUUUGGGCUUUCAUCGAAAUUUGUCAUGCAAACAGUGCCACAGGGCAGCGACUCGAUUUGGGAUUUUGCAUGAUAAAUGAGGCGGAGGGGGAGUUGUGCACUGUCAUAGCGGAGUCAAGAUUUAACGAAGGCGUUCGAACCGUACCAACUGCAAAUAUGUCUGGGUCAGGGAGAUUGCGACAUUUGUCAUGCUAGUUUGCCACGGCUCUGAAGUGAACGUGAACUCUGUAUUGCGUGGACGCGAAGAGAUCCUCUUGCCUGUCACACAAAAACGCAGUUUCUCAUGUGGAGCCCGCAAUUCAGAAGAACUACGGAGAACCUUAUCAUGCUUCUAGGCAGCGCAACAUUACAGUGUGCUCACUACUUGUUCAUUUUUUUGCAUCACAAGUUUCCAGACCCAGACAUCUUUGCGAUGGAUAAACCCUUGACGAAGGCGAUUUCCAGCUUUCACAACCUGGCGGAGUUUCACGGGCUGAACCCGGAUGUGGGCCGGAAAGUCACCGCCACGGUUUGCGUGCCGGUAGGAAAAUUUGGUGUGAGAUAGUGUAAAUAUGCGUGUUGUGACAAAGCAAGGAAAAACAACAAAAUGAUGAGUCACUGUUCAGCUCCUGGUGCUGCUGGCUCUUUUACUUCUGCAUCACUUUUGAUGGGGUUUCGUUGCUCAUUUUAUUUUUACUUUUGCAUCACACUAAGAAAUUUGAAAAUAGUUUUACACACAUAAUAAACGCGUGCGAGUCAGUGUGACUCUGAUCUAUACUCAGGUAAUGCGUGUUUCCCAUGACCGCACUCUGGACACGUCCGACGCCUUGAUUGUGGACGCUUUGGCCAAGUGCCCCUACGUAUCAAAUGCAAACAUGUCCGGGUGGUCUGGAAGAUGGCAAGACUUGUCAUGCAUGUUUUGCACGACCCACGAUGUCUGUGAUGUAUGCCCAAGCAUCACAGAUUUUGUGAUGGCUUCCUGAUGCUUUUGCUUAUACCGCAUGAGAAAUGCCCCCUCGUCCGCGAAUGAAAAACUGGACUACGACUCUUGGGGCUCACACAAUACAGAUUUUUUUAGAAUCCAAAGUCAGCAUCUUCACAAGUUCCACUCUUCCAGACCCAGACAUGUUGGCAUUCGAUAGUACGUUUGCGACGGCGUGAUGCUGGGGGCCACCCGGACGAUAUCUGUGAAGCAGUUUUCCACCUACCCACGGUCGCCCUCUGGCAUGGACAUGGCCGAGCACUUCUCCCUAUCAAAUGUAAAAAUGUCUGGGUCUGGAAGAAUGCAAGUUUGUCAUGCACAUGCUUGUCUCGCGUGACUCUGGAAUCUGUCAUGCGUGAGCAGGAAAGUAGGCUCUUACCUGUCAUGCAAAAACGCAGUUUGUCAUGCGGGAAGCGAAACACAUAGGAGCUCAGAAACUUGUCAUGCGUGGCUGCGUAACGCAGUGCGCCUACCACGCACAAACUAGCAUUACAAGUUUCCAGACCCAGACAUUUUGAUUUUUGCAUUUGAUACUCUCACCUGCGGCAGAAGUCGCAGGAGUCCGGCCGCGACGCCACGGUGUCGACCCCACGCGAGGGGUUCCGAUCCGGUCGCGCCGGCCCGUUGGGGUUCCCCCCGGAGAUUCGGGAGGCGGACACCAAUGCGCGAGAGGUGGACAUUUUCCUCGAAGAAGAAAACUUACAAAUCACGAUCGAGGUUCUCCCGGGGGAAAAUUAUGAAAAUGCGCAAGAACUCCCCCUCAUUUGUCAUGCAAAACACCAAAUCCAUCUAUUUGCCCCUUGGGAAUGUUAGCAUCACAGAUUGUGGCAGCUGCCCAAACACCACUACAUUGCUGUGAAAGUCUGUCAUGCAAAGGCUGCACUCUCGCAGGCCCUUCUAUUGCUGCUCAUGCAAUACAAACAAGGGGGAGGAGGAGUUGUGCACUGUUAUAAAAAGCUUCCAAAGUUCAAGACCUCCGGGGAGUUUCUCUCCUGGCUCCAAGACUGGAGCAUAUGGCGUUCUCAAACGUUUACAUUCUCAACUGUUACAUGAGUUUGUAAUGCAAGAAUGGCAAAAAUGCAAUGGUGAAGAUUGCGCCUUUUGCAUUACAGGUUCGGCACAGAUUUAGAUGAAAUUUAGCCCUUUGGAAAUUUAUCAUGCGAAGCAACUUGGUGAUUGGUAGGGAUACUGUUACUGAUGAGAGUUUUGCAUGACAAAUCAUGUAACAGUUGAGAAUGUAACGUUUGAGAACGCCAUAGAGCAUCCGAGGCGCUUUCGAAGACGUGCAUCUGUGGUAUGGGACACUCAAACGGUAGUACAUUCUCAACUUGCAAGAACCGCAACAGUCAAAGGGGCAAGCUUGUUGCUUUCGCAAUACAGAUUUGGCACAGGUUUAGAUGCUUUUUAGGCCUCCGGACAUUUGUCAUGCGAAGCAGCUUGAUCAUCUUUUCUUGCGGCUUGCGGUAGUUUUGCAUGACAUGACAAAUUCAUGUAACUACAGUUGAGAACAUAGCGUUUGAGAGCUCUACAUGCGGCGACCGCUGCUCGUCUCCGUUUUGCACACCGACGCGUUUUAUGAAAUGUAAAAAUGUCUGGGUCUGGAAGAAUGCAACUUGUGAUGCUGCAUUUGGAUUCCGAAUAAAAUCUUUAUUGCAUGAGCAGUAAUGGGAAGGUAAUUCUUGCUACGCGGAGAGGGCAUUUGUCAUGCGGGUAGGCAUCAAGAAGCCCUCAAAAAAUCUGUCAUGCUAGGGCAUGCAUCACAGACAUCAUGGCUCAUGCAAAACGUGCAUGACAAGUCUCAGAAUCUUCCAGACCCAGACAUUUUUACAUUUGAUACGUUUCUGCAGCGACUGAUGCUGAAGCACGGGUUGCCCGAUCCCCACUCGAUCUUGAAAAUUCCGCAAUUCUGCCUGAACUGUCGAGUGUAACCUGAGUAAAAACGUUCCCACACCAGAGUCAAGAUGCGAAAUCUGCUAUACAAAUCCACCAGCUUUGGUUGUUUCGCAUGACAAGUUUGCCUUCGUAGCGUAAUCCUGUUUAGCUGGUUCAGAAGCAUCACAGAUCCAGAGCAUCAUGCUGAUUCCAGCAUCACAAAUUGCCAAACACGAACAGAAAAUGCUUCUCAUGGGGCUCCGCAUGAGAAACUAAUUUGGCAUGCGGAUUUGCAUGACAGCGCUGGGUUGGAACCGGUUUUACAGAGGAUAGGGUGGGGCGGAAGUUCAUCCAUUGGAACCUGGAUUUGUACCGUUCUUCGCGCUAUGAAGUGUAAAAGUAUCGUACUCGUAUUGCAAUCAUGCAUUACAAAUUUUCUUUUGAAGGCAAAUCCGCAUUACAAAUUCCAUUUCUCAUGCUAAGGAAAUUUGUAAUGCAAUCACUAGCACUACUAGUACGAUGCUUUUGCAGUUCAUACGCGCGCGUUGCCGCCGAGACUGCAGAACGCGGUAGACUCGUCGUUCUGUCCGGACCCGUAUCAAAUGCAAAUAUGUCUGGGUCUGGAAGGUUGCAAGACUUGUCAUGCAGAUUUUCCAUGACCCAUGAGGUCUGUAGUGCGGGACCCAGCAUGACAGAUUCUUUGAGGGCUCUAUCAUGCCUAUACCGCAUGACAAACUCGCUCGCAACCUGGUCAAAAGAGGACAGCUUUUGGCACUCAUGCAAGACAGAUUUUUUGCAUGAUUCAGGUUUAGCAUGACAAGUUGCAAUCUUCCAGACCCAGACCUAUUUGCAGUUGAUAACCCCGUGGAAGAGCACACGGUGGUGUACCUGUGUCCCUCGCAUUGCGGGCAGUACUACAGUAUCAAAUGCAAAAAUGUCUGGGUCGGGGAGAUUUCCAGACUUGUCAUGCAUAUUUUCCAUGACCCAUGACGUCUGUGAUGCAUGCCGUAGCAUCGCAGCUUUUUAGAGCGCUUUGCGAUAGUACCUCUACAGCAUGAGAAAUGCCCUCUCCGCGUACUAGCACAAACUGGAGUCCUCUUGCUGGUCAUGCAAUACAAAUUUUUUCAGAAUCCAGAGACAGCAUCACAAGUUUAGAAUGUUCCAGACGACCCAGACAUAUUUGCAAUGCAUAUACAGCUGUUCACCGAAGUCGCACCAACUGAAGCAGAACACAAAUUUUGUGCAGUACAUGCACGAUCUGGUAUGUGAUAUUUCUGGACCACUUUGGGUUUAUUUCUGACUUGAUUCAUCGUAGUCGUACGACCAAAUUCGAACUACUGUUCACGAUAAACUGUACUAUAGUGACAUUGAGCACAAAUUUCUUUUUCAGAUCGACGGCAAAAUCGCCGCUCCCCCACUGGAGCCCUUCCGCACGAACGGGGGGGACCAUCUACUUAGUGGUGCCCAACAAGUAGAUAUCCCACGACAAAAGUGUUACAGUUACACACUUGCUGUCAAUUCAGCAACACAAAUUUUCUUCGUAUGAAUGCAAUGCAAAGAUGAAGAUCAUAAGGGAAAACACGUAUGGAACGAGGCUCAAAAGCAUUUCUGGCAUGACAGAGGUUGUCUGUCAUGCUGGGCCUACAACACAAGAAUGUGUAACUGUAUCACUUUUUUCUUCGCAUAGUAGAGCCACCUCUGGAAAAGCCCGUCAUCGACGAAGAAACUCUCGACGACGUCGCAAACUAUCAAAUGCAAAAAUGUCUGGGUCUGGAGGAAACUUGUGAUGCUAAAAGUGAAUGGUAGACGGACUGCAAUACGCAGCUAUGCAUGACAAUUUUUUUGGCUCCCAUGUCUUACGUAUUCCGCAUGGCAAACUGCGUUUUUGCAUGACAGGUAAGAGGGCCUUUUCGUGCCUAUGCAACACAGAUUCUCAAGUCAUGCCAGACAAGUGACAAACUUGCAUUCUUCCAGACCCAGACAUUUUUACAGUUGAUACAAACUCCACCUUUCUGAAACUCCCCUCCGGCCGCAUGGCGGGCGAUCGCCGAAUCCCCUUGGUGAUUUGGGGCAAGAUCCGCCUGUAUCAAAUGCAAAAAUGUCUGGGUCUGGAAACUUGUGAUGCUGGGUGGCGUCUCACGAUGAGGCCACAAGUGCUGGCUUAGCAUGACAAGUUUCUGAGCUCUGUAGGUGUUGCCUAUUCUGCAUGACAAACUGCGUUUCCGCAUCACAGUAAAACGGAGCUCUUGGGUAACGUGCAUGACAGAUUUAAAGAGUCAUGCCAGACAAGCAUGACAAACAUGCAUUCUUCCAGACCCAGACAUUUUUACAUUUGAUAGCCUGCAGCCGAAGGGACGGGACGAGGUGCUGGAGGAGAACCAGGCAAACCACGGGCGGGUCCAGAAGGCGCACAUGCUGUUGACCCGGCAAGCGCUCGGAUUAGUGGUCCCCAAAUCCUGCAUGUCCGUCGUCCCGAAAGCGAACCGGAAGGAAAUGAUCGACGCUGGGUUACUCGUAUCCUGUGCAAAAGUGUCGUACUAGUAUAAAUUGCAUUACAAAUUGGCCCAGCAUUACAAAUGAAAUUGAAUUUGUAAUGCUGAUUUGCCUUGAGAAAGAGAUUUGUAAUGCAUAAAUGCAAUUAGUAGGAGUGCGAUACGUUUGCACUUCAUAACUCGCCCUCGACGCGGAGGAGAAGCACCAGUUUUUGAACUAUCAACUGCAAAAAUGUCUGGGUCCGGAAGAGCCGGGGAUUGUCAUGCACAUUUUGCAUGACCCGUGAGGUCUGUGAUGCUGGUGCUAGCAUCACAGAUUUUUUGAGAGGUUGUUGAUGCUAAUCACGCAUGAGAAAUGUCCUCUCCGCGUGCCAAGAGCUGACUCCUCUUGCUGCUCAUGCAACACAGAUAUUUCUAGAACUAGAUGAAUCCGCAGACAGCAUUAAGUACAAGUUUCAAUCUUCCAGACCCGGGCAUUUCUGCAUUUGAUAUGAACGACGAGGAGAUCAAAGACCAGGACCAGGAUAGCGAGCUCAAGUUCGGGGUAUCCUGUGCAAAAGUAUCGUACUCGUAUUGCAGUCAUGCAUUACAAAUCUUUUCCUUAAACCAAAAUCCGCAUUACAAAUUUUAUUUCUCAUGCUGAGAAAAUAAUUUGUAAUGCAUUUAUACGAGUACGAUUUACUUUUGCAAUGCAUACGGGGAGAACAUCAGCAACGUGCGGAACAAGAACAGCAAACUCCUCGAAGAGUUAUCAAAUGCAAAAAUGUCUGGCUCUGGAAACUUGUAAUGCUAAAAUGUGCAAGAGGAAAACACUUCCUUAUGCAGAAAAGCAUGACAAGUUUGCAGAACGCUUGCCCAUUCGAAGUCCGCAUGAGAAACUGCGUUUUUGUAUGACAUGAGAGGCUACCACUUUUGUUGGUCACGCAAUACAGAUUUCACAGGAAUUCAAGACCAGCAUGACAAGUUACAUCCACCUUCCAGACCCAGACAUUUUUGCAAUCCAUAAGAGUCGAAGAACUACAAACCCCAGCCGUUGAUGAUUCUUGGCACUUUAUCCUGAGUAAAAACGUCCCCACACCAGAGUUGUAAUGCAGAUCCGCAAAGACAGGAAGACUUGUAAUGCGCAUCCCUAUGAGACCCAUUUCUUAUCGUGUUUUGGAAUUUGUGAUGCUGUGAACAGGAUGAGCAGAUGAAUCUGUGACGCGGCUGCACUUGCUAACCUGCACUACACUGCAUAGUGCAACUUGUCAUGCGUGACUCACAAAGCUCCUAGGUUUGUGUUGCAAAAUCCUCAUCCUGACUCUAGUGUGGGUACGCUUUUACUCAGGAUACACUUUAUCCCGCGUGCUCGAUGUGAACAUGAAGAAUUUGAGGCUGGGGCUGCAGAUCCGGCAGCCGCAGGAGGACACGCUGCUGUUCUGGAUCAUGAGUGAUUACGCAAGAGUGUCCGUUAUGGGCCCGGACGAGGAAGAUUUAGACUUGAUGGACCGGCUCGGGAAGGACGAGGCCACCGUGAUUGACGAAGAUCGGGAGCGGUUUCUGGACAUUUGCGAAAAGCUCCAAGCCAUGAACGGCCGACGGGUUUCGCAGGAGGGGUGGUACGAAACGCUCCGGGCGCAGGUGGUGGAGUGCCAGCUACGCCCCACGGAGACGCUGGACGGGUUGCUGCAGGUAACCGAACCCUGCCCGAACAAGUGCGGGAUGCGGAUCGACAAGCUCUACUUGGCCAGGAGGAGAUUGCACUUGUACCAGGAGUGCAACGUGCAGGCGGCGAAAAACAUGCUGUCCGCGGCGAUUCUGCGCAGUACAACCAGUGGAACAAACAGUACUGGAAAUAAAAUGAACGCGGCGCCGGUGAUCUGCCCCCCGGCAACCUCCGAGUCGGUCCGGCAGCAGAUCAAGCAGCAGUUGCCAAACCCACCGCUCUAUGCAUUGCAAAUAUGUCUGGGUCUGGAUGAGUGGAAGAUUUGUCAUGCACAUUUUGCGUGACUCAUAAAUCUGUGAUGCAUGCCGUAGCAUGACAGGUCGUUUUGUGAGGGCUUCCUAAUGUUGCCUAUACCGCAUGAGAAAUAUCCCCUACUCGUAGCAGCUAAUAGAAUCCUGUUUCUGCCCAUGCAAUACAGAUUUUUUCAGAAUCGAAAGGCAGCAUCACAAGUUCGCAUCCGUCCAGAUUCAGACCCAGACAGUUUUGCAUUUGAUACGCUCUACCCCCUGACGACCGAGCAGGAGAUGCUGGCGGCAGCGACGGUGUUGCAGCAAAACGCGAUGAAUCGGCAACGGGAGGAGGAGUUUCUGCUGUAUCGGAAGGAGCAGGAGACGCAGCGGCAGGUGUUCAAAUCCACCCGGUUCGAGGACGAGGAGGACGAGGUGGAGCCGAUCUAUUACAACUAGGGAGGACGUCGAGCAGCUGAUGCUUUCUUCACACGACCACUUCAACCUGACGAGAGAAAUUUGAUUUCCAAGAAUUAUGGCACAGAUUGAACAGAUUUUCACUUCUAUAAAUAUGACCACUUCAGCUCGAUCACAAACACAAUCACUUGACAGUUUGUAAGCAAGAACGCUCAACAGAAGAAUGUGAAUGGGGUUAUGGGUUAGGUUAACUACGAGAGAGGUCACGAUGGUACAAUGGCGGAUGCAGAACCAAGUAUUCCUUCUAGCAAGUGUAACAUCUACGAUUACGAUUAUGCACAAUUCGAAGUUCAAUUUGAUCUUUUCUUAUUCUUUUCUUGACACGUAAAAACAAUCUACCUUUGACAAUUUCUAUAGCAUCAAUUUCCAGGUUUUGAAUCGAUCGAGAAUAGCAGGAAGGUUCUUCAGCGUUUUGUUUUUAGGUUAUUAUCAAUGUACAUUAGUCGCUUGGAUGGUGAGGCAUUCUUUCAUACUGUACAAAAAAAUUUUCGUUUGAGCAAUUCACUGGGCAGACGCAUUUUAAUAUCU